UUUUCUAUUUCUUUCUCCAACAAAUCAACAAUUAAUACUCCACUACGGUCGCUCUUCUCCCCUCCUCUCAAUUUGCGCUCGUGCUCUGCUUCUUCGGCUCCAAGGAGCGGCGACCAUUGCUCGUAAAGACGACCUCUCCUCGUGCCUUUUCCAAAUCAGGCUUGUUCUUGAUGCGGUCUGCGAUCCGAUUCUUGUGGCUUCCAUUCACUCUCUUGGGAUUCUUUUACCAUUUCGUGGACUCUUUUGUUUCUUCUCGUUUUCUCCCCCCGUUAAUUGGAGCAGCGACGGCUUGCUCCUCUUCGUGUAACGAGAUUUAGUUUCCUUCGGGUGAGUGUUUAUUGUUCGAUGGGAGCUUCGAUUUGGAUUCUUGCUUGGUCUCUUGGUUUCUGCUCGUUUUGUUUGGGGACUGUGCGCUGAGGGGGGUAUGGGACAUGAUUCUUGCACCUGCACCUGUCCUUCCGUUGAUUCCUUCCUGGAUGGCUGGAUAACUGUCAUCAUGAGGAUGGUGUGAGGCGAUCUUUGGGAUGUGUUCUCCUGGGCGUUCAGUGCAAUCGAAUGCUCAAUUGAUGGCGAUGGAGGGACCUGUUUUCUGCCGUCCUGCAAUGCAAGCGAAACUGCCUGCUGCUGCGCUGAUCAACAACUCCCUGACCAAAUCCGGGCAGCUUGGGACUGCAUUGUUUGGUGCCAUUUCAAAAUACAGAAACAUUUCAAGAUUCAUUUCUCCCAUCUCUCAAACAUCUACGAAGAACAUAGGUCCAUGCUGUAGCUUCAGCUCGUCUUCUGAUGGUAAUGGAUACAUGGCUGGAAACUCUAGCGAGAGUGAUGAAGACUAUGUUAAUUCUACUGUGCUAGAAGCAGUUGAGGUGAGAAGUGGAUCAGAAGGAUAUGUGAUAAAGAUGCGAGAUGGAAAGAACUUGCGUUGUGUCCAUAGUAAUUUUCAAGGGAGAAAUAUUCCAGAGAAUACACCACAACCUGCUAUUGUUUUGAGGAUUGAAGAUGGAAGCGGAACUUUACUCCCGAUCAUUGUUUUGGAGAUGCCAAGCGUUCUUCUGAUGGCAGCUAUUCGUAAUGUCCACAUUGCACGACCGACCAUAUAUCAAGUUGUCAAGGAAAUGAUUGAUAAAAUGGGUUAUGAGGUAAAACUUGUUAGGGUAAACAAAAGAAUUCAAGAAGCCUACUGUGCUGAACUUUAUUUAACAAAGGUCAAUGAUCCUACAGACAACAUCACCUUCGAUCUUCGGCCUUCAGAUGCCAUAAACAUUGCUGUUCGUUGCAAGGUUCCUGUACAAGUCCAUAGAAGUCUUGCAUACAGUGAUGGGAUUAGACCAGUCGAGCCAGCAAGAAUGGCAGUAACAGCUGGCCUAUCAGAUGGGUUGUUAUUUACAGAGCUUGACAGACCUGAUGGACAGCCAUGUGUGGAGGCUCAAGAGUUUGGACUGGUGAGGAACAUGCUCAUUGCAGCUAUCGAAGAGAGAUACAAGGAUGCUGCAUCAUGGAAGGACAAACUGAUUCGGCUCAGGUCUAAGCGGGAGAACUGGGCCUGAGAGCGUCGCAUGUCUGGAUGGUGUAAAUAAAGAUGACGCUCAGCUGAAUUCCAGUAUGCACUCCAGACAAUUGAUACUGUUUAUGGCUCUAUGUAACUAGCUGUACAUAUUGUAACUAGCUGUACAUAUUGUACGUACUAUGCUCAGGUCUCAGCUAAAUUCAGACUAAGAUUUGAAGUGAAAAACUAAUCCUUUUGUAAUCUUGGCCGUAUUAAUUUGUAUGUUAGUCUGUUAGGUUGAAUGUUUGGCAUGAA